CCCCACCUCCAAGCAUCCCCUCCUGUCACCCCAAUUCUCAGCAUCCCAUCCCCUCUCUCCCACAGGUUUGCCCUCGGGGAUGGUGGGGAGCUGAGUGUUGAUGGUUUCUCCACCCUGGGGGAGGCCGAGGGGGAACUGGGGGCAGCUGGACCUGAGCAAGGGAGCAGGAGCAACCUCUGCCUGGCCAAGUACCUGCUGGGGGUCCUGGGGGACCCCCUUUGUGAGGCCAUCUGCAGGGACAGGGACACGUGGCUGGGAUCCCCUGGUGGACCUGAGGGGGUGACAGCCUGGAGGCGGGGGGGAGGAGCCCCCCAUCUCUGUGACAUCUGCCAACGUGGCUUCUUCAACUCCCACUGGAGCUGUGCCAGAUGUGGCUUCCAGAUGUGCCCCGACUGCCACUGCAGCAGGAGGGAGGCUGAUGGCCACGAGGGUCCAGUGCAGCCACCUGAGUGCAUCCCUGGGCAAGACCACCACGUCGCAUCCCUUGUCCCCACCCAGUUUGUCCCCACCCGUGUCCUGACCCAGCACUGGAAACAUCUCCACGAGGUCAGGGCCAAGUUUGGCAUCGAGGCACAUUGUCCCUGCGGGGAGGGGGCAGCAGAGCAGAGCCCCCCAGAACCCCCAGGGAUCCGACAGGUUCCCACAUGGGCCGGGGUGUUCCAGGAGCUGCCAGGGGCUGUGCUGCCCACCAAGGAGCCCACCAGGGAUGGCCAAACCGACCUCUCCCGGCACAUCAAGGAAGCAGAGAGCCCCGAGGGGGGGGCAGCAUCGCCAGGACGGCCGCCCCCCCCGGGGGUCUGUGCAGACAGCCACCCUCUGUGACCUGCUGGCCUCCACUGCCCUCAAGCUGUGCCUGGGGCAGGAUGGGGUGCGCAUGGCCUUCGCCCCUGUCUCCCCCACCUUGCCCAGUGACAACCGCCUGACCAGCAUCCUGGACAGCAUCAUCGCCCGGGUGGUGGAGAAGAAGAUCCAGGAGAGGCAGGUGGGGGGCGAGCUGAGCCCCCCCAGCCCCCCUGGCCCCCCAGGACCCCCAGCCUCUCACUGCAUCCUGGCCCCCAAGGGGCUGCUCUGGCUGCACGACCCCAGCCACACCAGCAACUACAAGCUCUUCCAGGAGCACUGGCAGAGGGGACAGCCUGUCCUUGUUUCAGGGCUGCAGAAGAGGCUGGAGGGGCGACUGUGGGGACCUGAGUCCUUCUGCCCAGCCAGGGGGGAGCAGGAGGUGGAGGUGACGAACCUGCGGGUGCCGGGGAGGCGGGUCCGGAUGAGCAGCCGGGAGUUUUGGGACGGCUUCACUGCCGGUGCAGCAUCCUCAGAGCUGGAACAGGGAGGUGGGGACCUGCUGAAGCUGGAGACUGGCUUUGGGGACAUGGAGCUGUGCAGGGCCACCAAUUUGAGUGCCAGCUUGCCACUGCCAGAGUACUGUGGGCCCACGGGCCACCUCAACCUGGCCACUCACCUGCGUGGCCAGCGAGCCCAGCACUGGCUGCGCCCACGGGUCUGCGUGGCUUAUGGUGUCCAUCCCCAGGACAGGAGCAUUGGGACCAAAAACCUGACGGUGGAAGCAGCAGACUCCAUCAGCAUCCUGGUGCACGUCGAGGAGGGGCUGCCCGGGAGGCAGGACCUGCUCCUGCGAGCCGAUGUGGAUGAGAUGGACCCGGAGCUGCAGGGGAGGCUCUGGGAUGGGGCCAGCCGGCCCGGCGCCUUGUGGCACAUCUUCCAAGCCAAGGACGCCGGGCGGAUCCGGGAUUUCUUGGAGAAGGCGUACGAGGAUCAAAACCAGGAAGGGGCGGCCCCGACGGAGCCUCCCGGCCGCUACUUGGACCCCUCCCUGCGGAGGCGGCUGCGGGAGGAGUGCGGGGUGAGCGGCUGGACCCUCCUCCAGUUCCUGGGGGACGCGGUGCUGGUCCCUGCCGGGGCUCCUCAUCAGGUGCAGACCCUCAGCAGCACCAUCAGCGUGGAGCAGAGGUUCCUCUCACCAGAGAACGCGGCUCACCUGCGGGAUCAGAGCCCCCACCCCCAGCUAGGUGCUCAGCUGGAUGGAGUGAUCUUCUCCGCUGUGCGGGAGGCCCUGGGGGUCCUGCGGGGCUGCAGGUGAGGUGGCCACAGGAGGAUGCUCCAGGGAAGCCGAUGUGAUGAUGGCCGAGACGUCGCUGGGACCAGGCGCCUCCCUCUGGGUGGUGUUUGGCUCCGUGAUUUGCCGGGAAUGCUCCGGGCAGGAGCAGGAUUAACUGCGGAAUAAAGUGUCUGCAGCUGCUGGGAUCACCAGCACCACCCGUA